CGCGCCGGGAGUCAGAGCCUGCGGGGACCCAGCUUGUCCCUGGGCCUCGAUCGGGUGCAUCAAGAGGCAGCUCCAGCGCCCGACGUGGGCUGCACGGUGUGAGCACGUAGCAGGGUGCAGCAGACUGUUCUUUUCUCCUUCCAGUAAACUGCCACAGUCCUCCUCCAAGCAGAGCUCAAAGCACAUGUCACUGUAGUACUACAGAGGAGCAGGGCCGAGCGGUGGGAGGAGGAGGAAAGGGAAGAAGAGAGGAGAAGCCGGGGCAGGAAGAGGAGUCUUCAGAGACGAGAGCCUUUCAAAGUUCCUGCCACCUGGGAUGGCCACAGUGCCAGGUCCCCCUGAUGAGUCACUAAACUGCCACCUGCUUCUGAGCAUUGUCCCAGCUGGCAGAACCUUCAGAACUGGGUGGUGAGAGAAUUCUGCUGAAGCCUGCCCACUGUGCGCACAGUCCCCGGCUCUCGGCCUGGCCCGCAGCCCCGUCCCUUCUGCUGCCUGGCAGCCAUUUCCCAGCAUCACCUAGACAAGUCCAAGGCGGCACGUGCCAUCCAUCCUCAGGCAUCCACAGCCAUGAACUUCCUCCGGCGACGCCUCUCCGACAGCAGCUUCGUGGCCAACUUGCCCAAUGGCUACAUGCCAGACCUGCAGCGCCCUGAGAGCUCCACCAGCUCCCCCGCGUCCCCGGCCACCGAGAGGAGGCACCCACAGCCCCUGGCCGCCUCCUUCUCCUCACCAGGAUCCAGCCUCUUCAGCUCCUUCUCCAGCGCCAUGAGGCCUUCCCCGCAGGCCCCCUCUGGGCCCACGGAACCCCCCAUGCCCUCCACACCUAUGGUCCAGAGGCCCCGGGUCCUGUUGGUGAUCGACGACGCCCACACAGAUUGGGCGAAGUAUUUCCACGGAAAGAAGGUGAACGGAGAGGUUGAGAUCCGAGUGGAACAGGCUGAGUUCUCCGAGCUGAACCUGGCUGCCUGCGUCACUGGGGGCUGCAUGGUGGACGUGCAGGUGGUGAGAAACGGGACCAAGGUGGUGAGGUCCUUCAAGCCAGACUUCCUGCUGGUCCGCCAGCACGCCUACAGCAUGGCGCUUGGAGAGGACUACCGCAGCCUGGUCAUCGGCCUGCAGUAUGGGGGGCUGCCUGCCGUCAACUCCCUGUACUCUGUCUACAACUUCUGCAGCAAGCCCUGGGUGUUCUCCCAGCUCAUCAAGAUCUUCCAUACCCUGGGCCCCGAGAAGUUUCCACUCGUGGAACAGACGUUCUUCCCCAACCACAAGCCAAUGCUCACAGCUCCGCACUUCCCCAUGGUGGUCAAGCUGGGACACGCACACGCCGGGAUGGGAAAGAUCAAAGUGGAGAACCAGCUGGACUACCAGGACAUCACCAGCGUGGUAGCCAUGGCCAAGACCUAUGCCACCACCGAGGCCUUCAUUGACUCCAAGUAUGACAUCCGCAUCCAGAAGAUUGGCUCCAACUACAAAGCAUACAUGAGAACCUCAAUCUCGGGGAACUGGAAGGCCAACACGGGCUCGGCCAUGCUGGAGCAGGUGGCCAUGACUGAGAGGUACCGGCUGUGGGUGGACAGCUGCUCCGAGAUGUUUGGAGGCCUGGACAUCUGUGCAGUGAAGGCCGUGCACAGCAAGGACGGCAGAGACUUCAUCAUAGAGGUCAUGGACAGCUCAAUGCCCCUGAUUGGGGAGCACGUGGAGGAUGACAGGCAGCUGAUGGCCGACCUCGUGGUGUCCAGGAUGAGCCAGCUCCUGCUGCCAGGGGCCACGGUGCCCUCGCCCCUGAGGCCCUGGACUAAGCCAGCAAAAUCUCCAGGCCAAGGCCAGUUGGGGCCUCAGCUGGGACAGCCCCAGCCACGCCCACCGCCACAAGGGGGCCCUCGCCAGGCUCAGUCUCCGCAGCCCCCGAGGUCUCGAAGCCCCUCCCAGCAGCGGCUCUCCCCACAAGGCCAGCAUCCCCUGAGCCCCCAACCCGGGUCCCCACAGCCGCAGAGGUCCCCAGGCUCUCCACAGCUGGCCCGGGCUUCAGGGGGCUCCUCCCCAGGCCAGGCCUCCAAGCCAGGCUCCACCCUCCCAUCCCAGCCCCGGCCCCCUGCACAGGGCCGCAGCACUUCCCAGCAGGUAGAGGAGCCCAAGAAGACAGCACCACUCCAUCCCCACCUCAACAAAUCCCAGUCCCUGACCAACAGCCUCAGCACAUCAGACGCCUCGCAGCACGGGACCCCGAGUGAGGACGAGGCCAAGGCCGAGACCAUCCGCAACUUGAGGAAGUCCUUCGCCAGCUUGUUCUCCGACUAGCGCCAUCCCCGUUGGAGCACAGGAGGCCACCCUCGCUCAAGACCCUCCUGCCUCAGCCUCUUCCAGAGUCUCGGGUCCCAUGGUUUCCAAAUGCCUUUUACCAGGAAGUGGUCUCUACUGUGUUCCCAUUGUCCUUGGCCAUGACGUCCCAGCACCAUCUGAGCCAGGGCAGUGACACCCUCCUCCUCGAGAGCCAUGGCACCACUCACCCACCCUCCUGUUUGCCCGGCCCUGAGAUGCCGCAACCCCUCCUGGACAGCUUCACUCACCUUCAGCACAGGCCCGCCCCAGCCAGUGCCGCUGCUCAGGCCUCCCUCAGCAACUCAGAGGCUGGGACCUCGCACCAGAGGGAGGGCACAGCAGGUGCCGCACAGUGAGGCCUCCUCUCGGGCAGGCAACAGGCCUGGGGUCCUGAGGUCAGCAGAAAGGUGGCAGCUCCCACAGCACACAGGGCCUCAGAACCACAGGAUCAGGGACACCACCCCAGCAUGUCCUCCUAACAGGACUCCAGGGCAGACCACAGUCCUCACGGGUCCAGGCAGCUCCCAGGCAGGCUCACCUCUCCUGUCUCCUGCAGGGACCCUGCUUCCUCCUCCAGGUGAUCCCCAAGCAGGGACAGGAACUUCCUGGUGUACGGCAAGGUGAGGACAUGACUUGGUGCCCAGAGGCACCAGGAGGACAGAGCCUGGCACUCUGCCACCUCACCCCAAGCAAGCAAGCCCACUGCAGGGCGGGAGGGCACCCUGACUCCCUGUCCCACCCAGGAUGCAGCCCAGAUCAGGGUGUCCCAAGCCAACAACCCCUGGUGCUAGAAAUGCUGCAGGAGCCAAAAGCAGCCACCUGGUUCUCUCUAGAAACAUCAGGCCACCUCCCCUGGGGGGUCUGCAGUCAGAAGUAGCUUCCGGUCUGCUUGUGAUCAAUCAGCAGAGACCUGAGCAGUGGUGACUUUGUCUGCGCUCCUGCAGCCCAGGCCCACCCUUCCCGUACUAUCACCUCAGCCUAACCUCGGUGCCCGCCUCCAAGCCGGCUUCCGACAGGCCGCGGGUGAGGCCCUGGCUCGGACUGACGCCGGCUUGGCGGAGCCUCGGGUCAUCCUCUGCUCCUCCAGACCCCAGACCGGCUCUGUUGUGAGGAUGGACAGGUCCGGCUGCCAGGGGCCACCAGGAGCCCUGUGCUCAGCUCUGCACCACGGCAGACGGAGCAGGCUAGGAGCAGCCUGCAUCCUACAGUCACAGGGCCCUGCACCUUUGCUGAGCAGGAUGGACGCUCCAUAACCCUGGACGUGUGGCCCAGGCCGCCCCACUUUUCCGUUAUUUCACCUCUUGUCCCUAGGAAGCCCGAGGCACACACAGAUCUCCCCACUACCCCAACUGCAGUAGCAAAGGCUCCUUCCCUACCCCAAACUGGGCCAGGCCGACAGCCUCAGGCAGGCAGGCAGCUCUGGACCCAUGAGGGGACUUGCACUGCGAGCACACAGCAGGGUUGAGCAGUCUCCUGGGACCACAGACCCCCAAAUGGACUAGUUCCCUCCUUCCAGAAAUGUAACCUUUCACAGCUGUGGCAUCUGGACGCGGGAAAGGGCAAAACAAAAGGGAGGGAGUCACUGUAGGUAGCUUCCGAAAGGUUCUAUUUGUUGUUUUCUGCUUUGCUGUCCAACUCUGACCCAAAGGAAGCUAGCUUUCUCCCUCCACGCGGUCUCGGUGCAGCUGACCUAGGACAGAGCCCAAUUCAGCCUGUGCACGGUGACCCACAGCGGGGUGAACACGCCAUCGGCCUUCCAGGGCGCCAGUGCACGUGUCCCUCCUCCCCCGCUGUCCCCGCCUUGCACUCAAGGGCCUGCUGGUGGCAGUGACCCCACCCUCCCCAGGCUCCGGGGUGACGAAGCAGCGCACACACAAAGCCCCGAGCUUGGCACACCUGCCUCUGGACGCUGGGCCGUGACCUUGCAGCAGGACCCGCACUCCACUCCACACACGGUACCCACUGGUUCCCUAAAACAUGCUGAAAUCAGUGAGCAAGGGAAGCAGACAAGGCCGCACUGCUAAGUGCAUUGCCGUGAGGUGCCCGGCGAGAAACAGAAUCAAACCGAGUGAGGUCAUGGAGAAGAGGAUGUAAAGCCAGGGGUAGUUUCUCAAUCCCAGCAAGACCUCCUCCGGACUAACAGAAGGACAGAGAGCAGCAGCGGGAGGAACCCCGGGCAGGGUCCCCACAGGCGAGGCCACCUCAGCGCUUCCGCAGCAAAGGCCAGGCCCAGGGACAGCACGUGGCGCUUCACGUGAGCCAUGCGGCCUGCACCCCACCAUGCACCCAGCGCAGCUCCCCAACAGCCCCAGCCUCCAGCAGGCACAUGAGAUCUCAAACUUGGCCUCUUCUGUUCCACAUUUAGAAUACACAGAAGGCUGCAGCUUCAUUCCUGGCUGAGCUGCUAAAGCCCGACUUGCAGGUGCAAGCAGUGACCUUGGUAACCUACCUUGUCCCGCAGAUGGCCCCUGCCCAGCCCUGCGCCCUGCUUCCUGAUGAGCAUCCUAGACCCUAAGUGGCCACAGGUAAAGGCUUUAGUGUAAUGAGGACAGAACAGGCAGCAGCAUGCUAUCUGGGUUGCAGACCAACAGGAAGGUGGGCAACAGGCGAGCCAGAUGGGUCCAUGUGUCCAGAGAAGCGAAGUGGACACUUUGACUGAUACGCAGGUUCCCGUGUGUGGGCCGAGAAAGACGGGUGUCAGGGAAGUGGUCUCGGGGUCAGUGGGGCAUCCCUUGGGGACACUAGUCCACAACUGCACGACUGUCUUCCAGUGGGGUGUGCUCAGUCCUGAGCUACAGAAGACCCUUUAUCACCUCCAUCUCCCUCACGCUCCUGACUUCUCCACUCUCACUCGCUGCGCCCUGCGGUCUCAACACAUCCCUGCCCACGAACGCAGGAGGCCGACACUACACUUGUACGAGCCCUUCUCGACGAGUCGUCCUGUACGCUGCAUCUCCCGGCCAGGUGGCGUAGACCCCGAGGGGUGCCCUCCCCCCAGUGUGGCAUGCAGCUGGGCAGCUAUGCCCAGGGUAGGGGUAGGCAGGGCAGGGGCAGAGAGCAAGGUCCAGCUCUGGGAGUUAGGAGUUCAGAAACUGGGGGCCAAACAGCGGACUAGAGAGCCAGAGAACCAAGCAGAGCCGGACAGGUCAGGGCUCAAGUUUUUACACAGGAAAUCACCCGACUCCAGCAGGAGAGAACAGCACCCUUGCCUGGGUCACCAGCCGUGCCAAGCCAGUUUUCCUUUAUAAGAGGACAUGGGGGUGAAGCAAGGUCCUGUUAAUAAAAACAGCCAAAGGGAGCAGUAAGGGCCAGCGAGCGGGGCAGGCUACAAGUCCGUGGUGCGGAGUGGAGUGGCGCCUUCCUCGCUGCUCACCGGGCCAUCUCGCUUCCAUUACAACAUGCGGGGUGAGGUCAGCAAAGCACGCGGGACGGGCUCUGCCAGCCAUGACCUCACUAGGGCACCAGCAAUGCAGACAGCCCGAAUGUCGGGACAAGAACGUGGGAUUCUACAAGCUGCUGAAUGUACAUUUAGCUGCCAGUCGUGAGGAAAAGCCUCGGGGGACUACUGCGGUGUGCACGUUCAGUGCCAGGCACACUGCCAGGACCAAGGCCCCAGAGGCCCGGCAAGGGUGCUCAGAAAUGGCUGCGUCCUGAGCACGUGGUGCCCUGUGGCACCCAGGGCGAGCGAGGCCAUGCGGAGCCCCCUGCAGGGCAUCCCUUUCGGCCCAACCCAAAGGAAGCCCUGUGGCGUGCAGUGGCACGCACGUGAGGAAGGUUUCCUGGGGCUCAGAUACAAACACCGUGGCGGGCAGCUGCCUCACCUGCCACACGGCGGGGACAUGGCCUCCCCAGUCACACAGGCUAAAUUCUCUUCACUGUGAUGGAAAAGAGUGCAGCAAAACAUAGUAAUUCACUCGUACAGAGAACUAAGAAUACUCUCGCAGCACGUAACAUUCCAAGCCAUUUCCUUAUAUGCAAAACAUUUUUUAAAAGGCAAGACAUUGGCGAUAUUCCUAAGUAAUCUCUGCAGGUGUCGGUAGGCUUCACGCCUGUGCUGAUUCCAAUUCUCAUUUGUCACUACAGCAUGUUCUACAGUUGUUUGUAUGUCAGUUUGUGUUUGGCUUUUUCUUAUAGAAAAAUAAAUCUUGGAUUUUGUGUUAAAUCUUUUAAACACAAUGUUUUUCCAACAAGAGGAGGUUGUCUUUGAAGACCAAAUACAGUGGACCCUUGACUUAUGAACUCGGUCGGUUCCCAAGGGUUGU